GCAGUGUCGUGUGUGAGCCGGUGCCGUGUCUGAGUCGUGGGUGACGGCGGCGGUGCCUCGGACGGUUUCGCUUCUCUGCUGGCCCUCUUCUCCAAUGAACGGCACAAUGGCCGCGUCCUCCAACAGGAUCAUGCUGGGCCCCCUCGUAGCCGCUAUCGACCAAGGCACCAGCUCCACGCGUUUCUUGGUAUUUAAUGCUAAAACGGCAGAGCUGUUGAGCCACCAUCAAGUGGAGAUUCAGCAAAGUUUUCCUAAAGAGGGCUGGGUGGAAGAAGACCCAAAAGAAAUCCUCCAGUCCGUAUACGAGUGCAUGGACAGAACCUGUGAGAAACUGACUCAACUCAACAUUGACAUCUCCAAUAUCAAAGCCAUUGGUGUUACCAAUCAGCGAGAAACCACACUGGUCUGGGACAAGGAAACGGGCGAGCCACUUUAUAAUGCGAUUGUAUGGCUGGAUCUGCGUACACAGUCCACAGUGGAGAGACUCAUCAACAAAACCCCAGGCAGGAACAAAAACCACCUGAAGCAUAAGACAGGACUUCCCAUUAGCACUUAUUUCAGUGCAGUGAAGCUUCGCUGGCUAAUGGACAAUGUGGAGGACGUGCACAAGGCUGUCCUCUCGCACAGAGCCAUGUUUGGUACCGUUGACUCUUGGCUUAUAUGGUGCCUGACUGGGGGAAAGAAGGGAGGUGUCCAUUGUACAGAUGUGACAAAUGCUAGCAGAACGAUGCUCUUCAAUAUUCACACUAUGGAUUGGGAUCCAGAUCUCUGCAACUAUUUUGAUAUACCAAUGGAGAUUCUUCCAAAAGUGAGGAGUUCUUCAGAGAUCUACGGUUUAAUGAAAAUCAGUUCUAGUCUGAAAUCUGGUGCGCUCACUGGUGUUCCUAUAUCAGGGUGUCUAGGGGACCAAUCAGCUGCUCUUGUGGGACAGAUGUGUUUUCAAGAUGGCCAGGCCAAAAAUACUUAUGGGACAGGCUGUUUCCUCCUAAGAAACACAGGGUCAAAGCCAGUGAUGUCAGACCAUGGGCUGUUAACAACAGUGGCGUACAAACUGGGUCGAGACAAGCCAGCCUGCUAUGCACUGGAGGGUUCGGUUGCCAUAGCCGGGGCAGUUGUGCGUUGGUUGAAAGAUAACCUUGGGAUUAUCCAGACUUCUACAGAGCUAGAGAAACUGGCUGCUGGUGUUGGCACAUCAUACGGUUGCUACUUUGUCCCUGCGUUUUCCGGACUGUACGCCCCCUACUGGGAGCCCAGUGCUAGAGGAAUCAUCUGUGGUCUGACUCAGUUUACAAACAAGAGUCACUUGGCCUUUGCUGCCCUUGAAGCAGUCUGCUUUCAGACACGAGAGAUCCUGGAUGCAAUGAAUCAGGACAGUGGGAUUCCUCUCAAUCAGCUGCAGGUUGAUGGAGGCAUGACCUCUAACAGGCUCCUCAUGCAGCUACAGGCUGAUAUACUCUGCAUUCCAGUGGUGAAGCCGUCCAUGCCAGAGACCACUGCUCUAGGAGCAGCUAUGGCAGCAGGAGCAGCUGAAGGGGUCAGUGUUUGGAGUCUGAGUCCUGAGGACCUUACAGAGGUCACCUCAGAGAAAUUUGAACCCCAAAUCAACCCAGAAGAGAGUGAAUUCAGAUAUGCUCGCUGGAAGAAGGCUGUCCAGAGAGCCAUGAACUGGGAGACCACAGAACCAAUCAUGAACGGAAAUGAGGAAUCUAGUAUCUUCAGUAGUGUUCCACUGGGCUUUUACAUUCUCGGUAGCAUGUUAAUGUUAAUUGGAGCAAAAUACAUUGCAGGCCACAAGUAGAUUUCUACAAUCAUCUUCCAUAUUGAAGAAUAACAGAAAUGACGGGGUCUUUAGACACGUCCUUCUUCAACUCAAGACAGUGGUCCAGUGUCCGACCACAAUGGCAUGCAAUUCCCCCACGGACAUUCCAGCUGUAGCAACUAAGCUGCCAGAUAAGUUUCCAGCAGCAGACACUUUUCUCUCAACCUUAUUUGCCAAGGAAUAUCUGGCAAACUAAGCUUUUGAGGUUACCAGAGUUGCCAAUUGUGGAAUUGUAGUGUUGGGCACCUGCAACACAUUUUUGUCCUGUUCCUGCAUGAUACAACUGUGGAUCCUCUUCUCUUCACAGGUCCUUUGUGUUUAUUGGCUAUAUUGUAAAUUCCAAAGGACCAUCAAUGUUUCAUCAGCUUUUUAUUGUGCCACCUGGUCUUCACUGAAUAACUUUCUGGUUGGAGGAAAACGGUAGUAAUCUUCUUGGUUUUCAUGGUGUGGUUUGUCUUUGGUCGCCUCUUGGAUUUGAAGGUGGCAGUCAUUAAAGUAGAGAACGACCGAUACGCUGGUCGGCUGAAGAGGUAGAUGAAUAUAUAACAAAGUAUAACAUUUUCACAGUCACAACAUGCUUUACAAUACCCCAUUUAAAACACUAUAAUAAACUAUUAAUACAAUGUUUUAUAUACUGCACUGCACUAAAUUCAACUAAACACGAUUACGGCCUCUAUGUAAUGGAACAUGCAGUUGUUCAAUGUCUGUUAAUACUGUUGAACAUUGUGAUGUAAUUUAUCACAAUCAUGACUGAGGUGGUCAUAUUGCCCGCCCCUAGUUGACUAAUAAUGUGUGCAGAUAUUAAGGUCCCAUAGACUUGUUAGUAUUGGCAAUGUUUCUACUGAUAAAGCACAGACAAUUUGUUUCUUCUUAUAUUAUAAAUGAACGGGAAUGGUCAUGACGGGAAUGGUCAGGUCACUUUUGCAGAGUUCAUGGAUUCUUGGUCACAAGACUGUGACCAAACUCGCACUCUGUUUUUGUUGCAACCUAACCUUUAGCAAGAGAAUAACUCUUCUCUAUGAAGAGAACUGAUGGGAAAAGUAAGAGGACUUUAACAGAAACCAAAACUGCACAAUUGGAAUUCAGUUCUGGUAUCAGUCACAACACUUUCCCUACUUUCCCUACAAAUGGCAUUUGCCAUUUUUCAUGACUCUGUCUGAGAAACAACCCAAGUUUUUGGAGCACUUUACUAAGGAUUAUGUUGUGUAAUUUAUGUAUGCACUAUAGGUGACUGUGAAAGAUUUUUUUUUAAAGAAUUUUAUACGAUUUUACCUGCUGACAAAGUUGUGCCGUGAUGCUAGCGAGAGUACUUUUCACAAAGGGGCCAUUACAGUUACCUGACCCAAAACACUGUGGAUCAUAAGGUAGAAAAAAGCCCUUCUGCACUAAUCUAGGACCAGCUGCCCCAGCUUAAUCAAGACCAUUUAUACAAAUUACAGUAAAACUGUUCCCAGAUCCUGAGCCAGAAUCUGCCAACACUUUAACUGUCAAGAUGGCUCAUACAUUUGUCCUAUAAAUCAUGCUAAAGGAAGCAAAGACGAUUUGUUUUUGUAUUUUUAAUCAGCGUCAUCUUCUUUCUGUAACAAGGUGCCAAAAACAAGUACAGAUACAAAGUACAGUUUUCUACCAGUCUACUAAUGAUAGCUUUAGUUCAGCAUUAUAAAAGAUGGGGAGCAUCAGUAAGGUGUGGGUUCAACUUUUAACAAUGCAUGCUGCAUCAGUUGGCAGUGCUCAUAUUGUAAGUCCCAUGCUAUUUGUGCCUCUUGUACAUCCCUUUUUUACCGUUUGUGGGUUUGUUUGUGUUUUUUUUGGUUCAUUUUUUCAAAGUGAUAGCUCUCUAAGUAUUAUUUUAUUAUUUUGCGUAAUUAAAACUGCUGUUUUCCUGAGUCACCACUAGUUGUAGGCUCUUUAGUUAGUCCAGCUGGCCAAAAUGCAUAUCAUUUUAUUACCCGCACUGGUGCAAGGAUCACGGUUUAUUAUUGUUUUUUCUGUAUAGGCCUGUGUAAGGUGACGAGUAAAAGAGUUACAGUGCCUGUAGAAAUAAAUGUACCGCCAUUUUACAUUGUUCUUUUCUUUUCUUCUGUGUGAACCACAGCCAGGCCCUAGUAUAACAUAACUGAGCUGUUAAACAUUAAGUGAUGUCAUAUCCUACGUUAUCACAUUUGUUGUUCUGUAACAUGGAUUAGACUGUUCCAGAAAUGCAGCUGUUGAGCUGAGCUGGUUGAAGGUGCAUGGUGCUGCAGGCAGAUAUGAUAUCUGUACAAGAAGCCAUCUCUGAUGUACAAUCUGUGUUUUAGGACAUCCUCACACCUCUGAGCCAGUUUUCAGGAUGCCAUUUUAUAGUCCUGCUGUGAAAUAAGGUUCUUAUAAACAGCAUCUAAUAUAGCACUGGCUAGCAAAAAGAAAUGCGUUGUUUACUGUACUCGUUUAGCUGCACACAGAUGAAUUGCACUGGUAAAAUGAACUUUUCAUGACAUUUACAAUCCCAACAAACUUAAUGGUACCAAUGUCAUUACAUGACUUUUUCCACCUGCUGGCUUGUAUCUCAGAGAUUUUUUUUUUUUUGUCGAGCUGUCUUUGUUUGGUGUCAUGCAAUUUUCCUCUUUUUUUUUUUUUUUAUUUAAGCAUUAGGCAAGGUUCAAAGUUAAGUAACUUGCUGUCAAUAUUUAAGAACCAUAAUCAAAAAUUGAUAAUGCCAUACUGCACUUCAUUUUACACAGAGCCAUCAGUUUGUACGAUGAAGUCCAUAUUUGUAGUUUACUGUAGAUUUGUAAAGGAACAUUUUGGAGGUAUGUGUACGAUCUGUGCUGAUUUUUCAACUCUGGAUUUGUAUUUUAAUUUUUUUUUUCUACUUUACUUGAACUUACCCAUACACUGUUAUAAAGCAUAGCAGUGGCCAGUAUUAUUGAUACUUGCAUAGCAAAUCUAUCCUCACCUUUUUUCUGGUUAUGUUGGUGUUGGUAUGAAUGUAUGUUGCAUGACAAAUCGGUCAGUUAUCACUAACCUCUGGACUCAAAUUAAAUUAUUUGACUUGCUUGUGUUUAAUAUUCAUUUUUCUUGCUGUCUUCAUUAAAAACUGUAGUGUUUAAAUUCUGACACGUGUUCAUAUGAUUUUAUAAUAAAAUGUUGCAGAAUG